ACUUGCAGAACCUCUUCGGGGAAUUCAGCUACACUUAAACCAAUUUUCUUCCAUCGAAAAUAUUUAAACAAACGCAAUUAUGUCUUCCUCCGUGACUUGUGCACUGUUUCUGUUGCUUCUCCCGUUGUCUUUUGCGGUAUCGGGGGAGUAUUGUCACGGUUGGACGGAUUCCUUCAACUCUUGGCACCGCGGAUUCCAGUGUCCGGAGCGCUUUGAUGGCGAGGACGCGCGCUACUGCUGCGGGAAUUGCGCACUCAGGUACUGCUGUACCUACGUAGAGGCGCGCCUUGAUCAGAGCACUUGCGACACAGGCUCCGAGACCGAGAAUACCGACGACGUGAAAAAGAUGCAAGAAAGUGUUCCAACCUAUCUCCCAUUUGUGAUCGUGGUAAGCGCGUUCCUCUCAUUCGUUCUGGUCGGAUCAGUUGUCUCCAUCUGUUGCUGUCAGUGUGUCAAACCCAAAGCGAGUGAUCGGCCAACUGGACCGUCUGCUGCUCAGACCAGCUUGUUAGAGUCUGGAGGACCUUCUGUGGACAGCUCCACCCCGUCCCGCACCUCCACUACAGGUUCCUCCACGACAAACGCUCACCCUGCACCAUCUGAGCUCAGUGUGAACCUCUAUGGGCCAGUUGGAAACAGAUUUCCCACCUCGCACUCUCAGCAGUAUGUUCCUCCUCUCCCUCAGGGGGCGCCACAUUUCUAUCAGCCCUACAUGAACUAUGCUCUCCCUCCAGAACGCAGCAUGCUGAUGGCCCCCGCAUUCCUGGAUGGUCGUUCUGCGUUUGGGCAGGUGCAUGGGCAGCCUUUUCCUCAAGCCCCUAUGCACACGGAACCCAUCUAUCCCACUGUCACCAUUUGAUGAUGUCUGUAAAACUACAAAAUAGACUCAGUGACUACAGAAGAAGUAGAAUGGUGGCCAUGGCAAUAUGUGGGAUACCUACUAUUUUUGUUGUCUUGAAUGGACUCAGGUGUAUAACAGGUGUUUAAGACAGACAGCCAUAUUGUUGGUCUGUAUGUGUAUAAUCAACUGUGCUGACUUCUUGACAUCAUGUUGGUCUUGGUUGGUACCUUGACGUGGUGUAAUACUGCUUCUCAUAGGAGUGUAUUUGCAUGAACUAUUGUUUGAUUGGUUGCUCAGCAAUCACUGAUUGUAAUGUGUUAUUUAGGCUAUAACAGAUUAGAGAAUAAAUUUGUUUGCUCAGCCAUUUGUUUGCCGCCUUUCUCAUUCUUUAUGAAAACAAAUAUGGAUAAAUGAAGCUCUAAGUAUUGCAUAUGGAACUGGGUCAUGUUAAGCAUUCAAUUGCAUGAAAAAGGACACUAAUUAUUUCCUUCUCAUUUUCAUAACCAAUACGGAAUACUGCAUUUAGCAGCUUUCUGUGUCCUCUAUGUCUUGUGAUGUUCUGACUCUAGAAAAUUGUGAGUGAAUCUUUGUCCUGCAAAAGCUUUGUUUUUUCUUUACAGUACAUUGUGAUUGUAAGGCUCUCCAGCCGUUACGGCUAUUCGUGUGUGUGGCAGAGCAGGUUUUUUUGCGUAUGUGAAGGGUUUUGUGUGUGUUUGAAGAAACAGCAGGAGGGUAGAGGACAAUACAUGCAGAUCUCCUCACACCCCUGAGAGAGGGAUUAGUGCAGGUAAAAAGGGAUGUGUGAGAGAGAUUAAGCUCAGGAUGGGCCAGCUUGAGUUUAAGCAGAUGCGUAUGAGUUAAUUAACGAGCUGCAGAUGAACCAACUGAUUUUCAUGCCAAAUCCUGUUAUGAUGUAAAAACAUGUAAAGUAA